GGAGGGCGGAGCGCGCUUCUCUAGAGGUGGAACCGGUAUCCCAGCACUCGCGCCUUCUGUGUGCACCCCUUCCUUGCCGGCCGGCACUUUGGGUGCACAGUUUUACCCAAGCCUCGAGACAGUGAGCAGAAUUUGCUGGUAUAACUAGUUCUAAUGGCUGGGAACAAAGGACGCGGACGUGCAGCUUACACCUUUAAUAUUGAGGCAGUUGGAUUUGGCAGAGGUGAAAAGCUACCCGAUGUAGUCCUGAAACCACCCCCACUAUUUCCUGAUACAGAUUAUAAACCGGUGCCACUGAAAGCAGGAGAGGGCGAAGAAUACAUGCUGGCAUUGAAACAGGAGUUGAGAGAAACUAUGAAAAGGAUGCCUUAUUAUUUAGAAACACCUGAAGAAAAACAAGAUAUUGAAAGAUACAGUAAAAGAUAUAUGAAGGUGUACAAAGAGGAGUGGAUACCAGAUUGGCGAAGACUCCCAAGAGAAAUGAUGCCAAGGAAAAAGUGCAAAAAAGCAGGCCCCAAAUCCCAAAAAGCAAAGGCUACGGGCAAAGGCGCAUCACUCACUAAUACUGCAGAUGUAUUGAAAAAAAUCGAGGAAUUGGAAAAGAGAGGUGAUGGUGAAAAAUCAGAUGAGGAAAAUGAAGAGAAAGAAGGAAGCAAAGAGAAAAAUAAAGAAGGCGAUGAUGAUGAGGAUGAUGAUGCUGCAGAACAAGAGGAGUAUGAUGAAGAAGAGCAAGAAGAGGAAAAUGACUACAUUAAUUCAUACUUUGAAGAUGGAGAUGAUUUUGGUGCAGACAGUGAUGACAACAUGGAUGAAGCAACCUAUUAGCUAUGGAAUGUCUCCAAAAAUAUCUUUAUGAUACAGCUUCUAAAUAUUUGGACAGACUUGUUUUCUAUUUCUGAUAAGGAAUGAGUAUUGUAUUUUUGUUCCUGUUUUGUUAGACAAAUAUUUGCUGUCAAAAUACUCGGAACCACAUUGAGUUUACAUACUAGGUACCUUACCAGUUAGUCUCUGAUGCUCUGACAUUCCUUCUCAACACCCUGUCAUGCCUCUUAUGUGUUCAAGUGGGUUUUUUUUUUGUAUUAUUCAUAUUUGAAUGUGCCUAGAGUUUUUGCAUCUUUUAAUCUAUGUAUUCAUACUUGAACAAAUUAUUCUUGUUUAACUUGAUCUGUUGUAAAACUAGUACUGGUCAUCAUAGUGGAUUUCUGUAAUCUGAACAUUGAUUAAUACUGCACAAGGAGCACUUUAAAAACAAAGAAACUUGAAAAUAAUUUUAUCUUUUACUUUUACAUGGUAUGUUCUGUGCUACGACUACAUAAACCUACCUGAGUUCACAACGGUGUAAUUUAUGAGAUUGGAAGUUUUGUGAUCAAAAACAUACACGCUGGGGAAAAUGCCAGAUUUUUGAGCUGUAGUGGCUGCUGUUAAAUUUCAUAGGACUCCUAGUUACCCAAGUGGUUUAUAUCACAGUGCAGAAUAAAACUCAGGUCAUUUUAAAAUCAAGAUCAAUCUUUUUUGUUUAUUAAAAACUAGCUCCCCUGCUUUUUUUCUAUUUUGGCAGGGAAAAUACCUAAAAACCCUCAGCCUCCAAAGACACACAAAUGCCAAAGAUUUUCAAGGGAAUUCAUAUUAUGUAUUUUUAGAUGAUUGUUACCUACCAAAAGGAAUAAAUUUUCUCUUUAGGGAAGGUAUUACCUAUUACCCUCUAACCUUGAGAAUCAUAGCCAAAUUCUAUUUCUGCCUUUACCAUUAGACUCAGUCUUGAAAAUGAGCUUGGUUUUCUGUGCCUUAGUUUCUCCACCUGUAAACUAUUUCCUACAAAAAUUGCUUAAACACCAACCAAAAUUUGCUGUAUGUAUUCAUUCAUACCUUAUAGAAAUGAUCACUUAAUUUUAAUUUCGCCAUCACCCUCUAAAAAAUUGUAGCUUGGUAAGUGAUUUAAAAGUUUUAAAAAUCGAACAUAUUUUCCUCAAAAAAUAUAAUCUGAUUUUCCCAUCGUGUAUUCUGGAGGGGAAGAUUGGAGAAAAUGUAUAUUGUGCCAUUUUGUAGUGUGACUUUCUCAGGAAAAAGAUCACUUUCAAUUUUAAUACCUCCUCAGUUAAUUCAAGAUGCGUGUGAAGACCAUAGUUCAGUGCUGUGUUGAUCAUAUGUGAAUUAUUGAAAUAAGCUUCUGGGAAAUUGUAAACAUUCUAAAUGGAAAACAGGAAUAAAAAAGUCCACAUUAAAACAACAAUCUACUGGACUUGGUCAUAAAGUUUCCAGUUGUAAUGGGCAAAUAGUCACUUAGGAUUAUUAAUUAAAACAUUGAUGUUUUAGGGGUACCUGGGUGGCUUAUUCAGUUAAGCAUUGACUCUUGAUUUCAGCUCAAGUCAUGAUCUUACAGUCGUGAGAUGGAGCCCCACGCUGGGCUCUGCACUGAAUGUGGGAUUCUCUCCCUCCCUCUCCCUUUGCUCCUGACCCACUUGUGUGUGCUUGCACACAUGCGCUCUCUCAAAAAAUAAAAAUUUAAAAAAUAUUGUUUCAUUCUCUCACUUCCUUAGUACCUUAGCCAAAUACCACUUAAUUUAUAGAAAUCUGAUCUCAAUGGUUCUAUUUACUUGCUUUAUUAUAAAUCUGCAGAUAACUUUGUGAAUUGAGCAAAUGCACUGAAGUAUUUUUCCUAGCUUUCAAUUUGCCUCCACAAUUUUAGUCCAGCAGAUGGUAAGACAGCCCUUUUAGGUAAGGAUUAGCUCCAGGAGGCUCCAGCCAUCUGCCUUAAGUGCAUUGUCUUCCCCCCUUGGAAGAUCUUUGUAGAAGUUUAAGGUUGACCAACCGUGAGAACAGAUAGGUAGUAUUUGCAGGUUGCUUUACCAGCAUGAGUCUUGUUUUUCUGGCUUAAAUUCUCAGGGACUGUGAAGUUAGGUAUUCCAUAAGAAGGUAAACUUUAAUGCAAAGAUAGCCUCCUAUAUAUAAAAAAGUACUUGAAGUGUCUUUAAAUUUGCUAUAUUAACAGGCAUACCUUUUUGCUACAAUGCUUAUUUUUUGUUUACACAUUAAAUUCUUA